AGCGAGCGCCUCCCUCCAGACGGCAGCACCAUGUCGCCCCUUGCCACCGUAGUUCUCCUUCUCACCGCCAGGGCGGCGCUGCUGUGCCCGGACUCAAACUGGGUUGCCACGGGAGACGGCGAUUGUUAUUUGCCGCUGCCCGGAGAUCUCUUCAAAACUACCGCAGAAGAUGCAGAAGUGGCCUGUCGUGAUUUUGAGCCGACUGCAACGCUGCCAGAAGUACACAACUACGAGGACCAGCUCACGCUCGACCAGCUAGCUGACGGCCUGGCCGUCUGGCUGGGCCUCUACCGCGACUCCGAGUACGACCCCUGGUUCUGGCCGAGUUCCAACGUCUCCUACUACCGCUGGGCCACCGACAACCCCGACGAAGACAUCUUCCUCGGAGACUGCGCCUACACCAAGGACAGCUACUGGUACAACAUGGACUGUGUCAACUCGACCUUCAGCGUCGUCUGCUUCACCACUGAUGAAGCGCUGGAGGAAUAGGAUGCAGCUGCUGAAGAGAGCUUGUCGAUGCCGGAUUUAGUCUAGAGUCUAGUUUGUUGGAGUCGUGGUUUGUAGGAUGGAACAAUGAAGCAUGGCAUGGCGUUUGUAGAUUCGCAGGAUGAAUUAUGAAAGGACGAAAAUGGGGUGGGGUUGUCGAUAUGACAGCGUUAGGUAGAAGCAGUGGUUGGCGCUGUAUGGUGUUUUGAGCAUUGAGCUAUUCAUCGCACGUGAAAUUUAGGUGAUCCAUACGUUAUAAAACAAAAUAUAAAGUGUUCACGGGCGGCCUAUGUCAUCACGUGCCAUCACUUGUCGUAUCCCCACGGCCCGGUUUUCUGAGACGUUAAUGUCAAAAUAGAAAUUUUUAAGCAACUGAAACUAGGGUAUACAGUUUGAAGAAGCGUUGGAAGCGACUUGACUUCAGGCUUGGUUUAAAAUUAAUUGAAAUUGAUCCUGUUGGUAGUGAUGAGAGAUGUUCUGCAAUAUGUGUUGCCGACAAAUUGCACCUAUGCAAGGCGGUACGGGCGAGAGACUCAGCGAUGCUGAGCCGAACCGCCGCCGCGCCGCCGAGCCGAGCGCCGUCCGCGGUCGCGGGACGCUGGCGUCCCCUCUGACCCGGCUGGCCGGCCGGCGCGGCAGGGCGGCUCCCUGUUUGCGUAGGACCGGCCCAGGUCCGGGCCAUUGUGUGGGGCACGCACGUGCGCGCCCAGCGUGUGUGUCUUCCGGGUGGAGCGCUGGACGCCCGGGCCAUUUUUAGCCUUUUCUGUGUGCUCUGACCGUCCUCAACGCGUCUUGUUUCACCCCCUGUCGCUGUAUAUAAACUAGUUGUAAACACCCCCGGCCCUCACUUCACCUUUCGACUUCGACGGGGACACUGCGCUGCCCCGCUCUCUUCCCGGUACGUUUCGCUGCCUUGUCCGCCAAAUAUAGUGAACUAGAAGACAAA